AUUUCAUAUAAUUUCUCUUGCUCAAGACGCUGCCCGUCCUGCCCGUUACCCUCUGGAGAAUUACGGGCAGCUCUCUCAGAAACACCCCCAACAUUCACAGACUCUCUCUCUCUUCCCUCUGAUUAUAUCUUCUUAUUUCUCUGCUGUGUCUCUAGGAUCUCGAUCGGACGGUCCACGAUGAACGCAGACUCUGAUAUCUGUUUUCUCAGUUUUUAGCUUUUCCAAAUCCCAGAUCUGCUUGAUCUGUGCUCAGAUCUACGUUCCUGUUUUUUGCUGCUUAAUUCAUACUCGAUUUGUUUAAAUUUCGUGAUUCGGGCGACCUUCGAUUCAUUUUCCGGCAAACUUCUCUUGAUCUCUUCUACUUUCCGUGAAAAUUGACUUUCUCGGUUGUCGUGUGCCGUACAGAUGGAGACCAACUGUGGUUCAGCUAGUGGCACUACACUUAACAAUGGUGUGCUAACGUGCGCCGGUGAAGCUUUAGCCGCUAUUUUGGCGAUGGCUCUGCUCCAAGCUCGGCUUUUGGCUCAAGCUCAGGAUUUAUUUGGUUUACUGACCAACCAACCUAGACUCAAGGGUGAUCAAUCCUCCACCCAAUGCUAUUCCAAGCCGGUAGAUGCUGAGGGAGAAGACGACGAAGAUGAUGGUGAUGAUGAUGAUGAAGGGGAUGGUGGGUUUGGAGAAGGUGAAGAGGACUUGUCAUCCGAAGAUGGAGGUGAACAUGGCGACAACCCCAACAACAACAAGAGCAACUCAAAGAAGGAUCCAGAAGAAGGGGCAGGUGGCGCAGAAGAGAAUGGUGAAGACGACGAGGAGGAUGACGAAGAGGAUGGAGAUGAUCAAGAUGAUGAUGACGACGACGACGAUGACGACGAUGGUGGAGAAGAGGAUGAGGAAGUCGUCGAGGAAGAAGAAGAAGAAGAGGAAGAGGAGGAUGAAGAAGAAGCACUCCCACCUCCAAAGAAGAGGAAGAAGUAAACGUAGUAAAGUAGUUAAGCCUCUUCCAAGUACUGUUUCAUGUAACCUGUUGUCUGACAUUAUGUUCUUAGUUAGUUUAUGAGGAGGCCUAUUAGGAUGAUGCUUUUCAGUAAUUGUUAUAUUCCCUUUGCAUAUUAAUCAGAACAAUGAGCUGCAGAAUUGUCGAGAUUCAUAGUAUGUUAUGUUAUUUAAAUUUGGCCA